AUGGACCACAAGCGCAAUGCUCGCAAGGCCAUCUCGGUGCUACUGCCCCUCACGGGUAUAGCAGCGGGAGCUAUGCGGCUGAACAGCGCCACGAUUUUCACACUCAACAUGUUGGCUCUGAUCCCAUUGGGGCCAUGGAUCAGUCGUUCCGUCGAUGCGUUAUCUGUGGGUGGGCAACGGGCCACGAGCGAACUACUCAAAUCAUCACUCGGCAAUUCAGUCGAAUUAAUGGUCGGAAUCAACGCAAUUACCCAGAAACGGCCCCAUGUCUCCCAGUCUGUCAUCCUCGGCAGUGUUCUCAGCAACCUACUACUGGUCCUCGGCAGCACACUGUUCAUAUCAGGCUAUGACAAAAAGCGUCUUCGCUUCGACCGAACAUUAACAACAGUCCUCUCCUCCCUAAUGACAGUCGUCUUUAUCCUGCUAGCAAUCCCAACAAUAAUGGACGUCUUCCCCUCAGCAACAAGCACACCAAUGAGCCAAAUCCUCUUGACGCAACGCAUAACAGCAGUGAUCUUAAUCACCCUCUUGAUGACAUUCCUCCUCUUCCGACUGAGAACGCACGCAGCAAUGUUCGCCAGCACGCCAUUCGCCCAGACCGAUUCCAAUGCCAAUACAGCACGGAGCAGACACCAACACCGACAAAGCCAGAUCAUCGAAGCACAACUGCCCCGUCCAUAUUUAAGGAAGGAUAUUGCUGCUUUGAUCCUUGCUGCUGCGUCCGGGGGUACAUUCGGGUGCACAUAUUACAUCGUGGACAGUCUGUCUGGGCUAGCCAGGAUGACGGGGUCGAAUGAGUCGUUCCUGGCUGUGACUAUUGUUCCUAUUUUGGGGAACUUCGUUAAAUAUCACUCAAUUGUGACUGGCUCCAGGUCUUACAGUCAGGUUGAGUUGGGGAUUCGGGCGAUUAUCAAUUCCGUGUUGAGAGUUACGAUGCUUAUUGCGCCGCUUUUGGUGCUUGUGGGUUGGAUUUUUGAUCGGCCGCUUAUUUUGCGGUUUGAUGGGUUUGAGGCUACGACCCUUUUGCUUAGUGUUGUUGUUAUGACUUAUCUUAUCUCGGAUGGGAGGAGUAAUUACUUUGAGGGGUUGAUGUUGAUUGGGACGUAUGCUAUCAUUGCGUUUUCGUUUUAUGUUAGGCCCGAGGUGCCAGCGAAUGUUAUCUUUUUGGGCUCUUAG